ACCUAGGUUCCUUCCUUCCCCAUUCUGCCGACUGUGCUUUCUAGUGAAGAGUCGUUGGUCUCUCAGCCGAAGGUAGUUAUCCUCGUCGUACUGGCUGCUGCCUCGCCGACUUGCCGCUGUGUCGCCCCUCUCGCUGCCUCGCCGUCUCGCCACCGUCUGAGAGAGAGAGAGGUUUCUUCUUCUUCUUCUUCUUCUUCUUCUUCUUCAAUCGGUCUACUCUGGACGUUGGUAAAAAAUGAAGAAAGGGGUGCACCCUCAGAUGCAGUGGAUUUCUUAUGUUACCCAAAGUGGUCGGUUAAUGCAUGUCAUGAUGACCAAGAUACAUAAUGUUGGUAAAGUUUAUCAUAUUAGAGCAAGGCGACAGAUGGCUGAACGUGUUGGACAGAUUGCCAAGUUCAAGCGGCGUUAUGGACAGCCAGAAGAUGGAAAUGAAGAAAAAUGACGUCUUUAACUUGCAAAGAUAAUUAUUGGUAGCACUAUUUUUUUUUUCAGCAUUUGGGAUCGCCUUUCGCUGUGACUACUUUGUUUCCUAUAUUUCUAUGCAAGACCUUUGAAAUACAUAUGUUUUUUGUCUGGUCAAUUGGCUGGCUGCUGGUAGUUGGUGGGCUGUAUUUCAGAAUUCUUUUGAUUUUGAUGAAUAACUGUUGUGCUA